AUCUCGAAAAAAAUAUCUACUGUGGACCAGAUAGAAAAGUUCUCAGCGAGUCAAUUUUGUAAAGUCCCCACCAUGGAGGGCUUUCCUGCUGUCUUCUACAGUGAGCCGGCUGUGCUGGGACUACUUGCCAACGCCGUUAGCGCUUUCCUCGUUUGUAUGCAAAACUUCUCUCUGUUCAACACCUCGGUUGCCAUUGGCGGAGUGGAAAAUAUCCUUGCAGGUGUCCAUCUCAUACUGAUCGGAGGUAUCACCCAGCUCAUUGCAGGAUUCCUGUCUUUCAGAAAGUAUGACCAUCUCGGUGGUACAGCCUUCAUAGCCUUCUCUGCGUUGUGGAGCAGCUAUGGUGCUACUCGUAUUAUUUCUGGUACAGAAGCAGAGGCACAGAACAUCUCAUGCCCUACAUCAUAA